GCAGGAGGCACGGGCGAGCAAGCGGAUGCGUCAUCGCACGACAAGGCUGACGUCACGAAGAGAGCCGCCCACAAUCUCGCGCUGAUAUUCCAGAAGAGCGGGGCGCAUUUGCUGGCAGAUCAGAUUCGUCGUGACUAUCUAGCCCAGGAAAGAGAGGCCGACUGACUUUGCAUGUUCUCGACCACGCUUUCAGCAACUCUGAUCAGUAUAGAUACAGUCCUCUGUUACGGGAUUGCUUUUCAAUAGAUUGUCCGAAGCUCUGCACACGAUCCGGUGGCCCUGCACAUACGGAGGUCCACGGUUGAAAGUCCGAGCAGGUGCUCAAAUUCGUCAUUGCAAUCACGUACGUGGUCUCAAGUGAUUCUCAGUAUCAGUAUCCGGUAAUCCCGCGAGUUGUUGCAAAACCCAAAGACCAUGUCAUCACUGCGACAGAGCCCCGCGUGCCUCU